GCAUCCAGUCAAGCUCAAUUCACACCACCACCCUCGCCUUCGCAUGCGCCGCUUCUUGCGACCAGGGCGAUUAGGCCGUGACCCUCUACCCCUUGGAUUCCUCGACUUGUUUCGCCUGGAUUCAGCGCGUGGCUUCUCCGCGUGCGCGGACCCGCCUUUCGCGCGCCUGCUCCGCGCUGCAGAACUUCCGCCAGCCCCGCGUCGCCCCUCUUUGCUUCCCCCGAUGCUUCCCCCGAUGCUUCCGCAAGGACAUCCGCUCCGCGCCUUUGCGCAAUGCUCCGCGCACCCGACCGCGUUGCACUUUCCGCCGCUUGCCCGCACGCUUGCCCCUCCAACAUCCGCGUUAUUCACCAACUCCGCGGUUUCGAUAGUAGCACUCCCGUUAACGGUUUCGCUGCAGUCACCCCAUUUCACCGAUCAGGAUCGACGCGGCAUCAGAUUAACCAGAUCAAGUGCGGUCGGUUCAAGAGGAAGCAGUGGUUUACGCUACACCAGCAGUCUAAGUCACAGAGGCAGUGGCGGUCUUAGGCGAAGCAGCGCAGGGUUCCGGGUUUUAUGCGCCAGCUGGCAAGACGGGCCAUUAGAUCGAGGCAGAUCUUACGGACGGCAGCGAUUGUCGGAUGGUCCUGCUGACGUGGACGCGUCAGAAGGCGCUUACGUGGACCCCUUAAUCGCACAGCGACAGGAGGCUUGGAAACAGUGGGUGGGGAAGAGCAGUUCGAUUGGCCAGAGGGACAGCGUAGGCUCGGACGACGCCGAAGCUCCUAGGCAGGCUCGGACGAAUGCCGAACCUCGAAAGCAGGUUCGGAGCAGGCCUGGAAGCGAGGAGGCUCGGGACGGUGCUAGACCCGACCAGUGGCAGCAGAGAGGUCGUGACGAAGAAGCAACACGUGGCGUAUCCUCCAGAGAUUCUAGAUCUUCAAGAUCCUCGAGAUCCUCGGGAGUUUCACGGCGCGACGCAUCCCCGCUAAAGGGCGCUCCGUUACAAGCCCCGUGGGAGUCGGGAACGCCGGGAAGGGAAUCGGCAGG